GACUGGCUGGCUUUCUUUCUCCCCUGUGUGCGAUGGUUGCGCACGUACAAGAUUCGGGAGUAUCUCUGGUCCGACUUCGUUGCCGGUCUCUCUGUCGGCUUCAUGGUCGUUCCGCAAGGCAUAUCGUACGCAAACCUUGCCGGUCUGCCAUCCGUGUACGGACUGUAUGGCGCGUUCAUUCCAUGCAUUACCUACGCGCUGGUGGGCAGCUCCAGGCAGCUGGCGGUCGGUCCAGUGGCAGUGACGUCGUUGCUCAUAGGCAGCAACCUGAAGGAGCUCGUGCCAAUUCAGGAGCGGUACAACCACCUGGCCAUUCAGUUGGCCUUGCUUGUAGCCACCCUCUACACCGCCGUCGGAGUUUUCCGCUUGGGCUUUGUGACUAACUUCCUUAGCCACUCGGUCAUCGGAGGGUUCACAUCAGGGGCUGCCAUUACCAUCGGUCUUUCCCAGGUCAAGUACAUUCUGGGUAUCAGCAUUCCGCGCAUGGACCGGCUACAAGAUCAGGCCAGAGUGUACAUUAACAAUUUCCACAACCUGAAGUGGCAGGAGUUCAUCAUGGGCAGCACGUUUCUGGUCCUUCUGGUCAGCAUGAAGGAAAUCGGCAAGCGCAGCAAGCGCUUCGCCUGGCUGCGGCCCCUGGGCCCCCUCACCGUCUGCAUUAUCGGCCUGUGCACCGUGUACAUCGGCCACGUCGACACCAAGGGCAUCAAGAUUCUCGGCUCCAUCAAGAAGGGUCUGCCCAAGCCGACCGUUGGCUGGUGGGGGCCUAUGGACAAGUUUACGGACCUCAUCCCCAUUGCCCUCGUGGUCAUGGUGGUAGAUCUUCUAGAGUCGACCUCUAUCGCGCGCGCCCUGGCUAACAAGAACAAGUAUGAGCUCGUGCCUAAUCAGGAAAUUGUAGGGCUGGGUCUGGCUAACUUUGCCGGCGCCGCGUUCAACUGCUAUACCACCACGGGCUCCUUCUCCCGCUCCGCAGUGAACAAUGAGUCAGGCGCCAAGACGGGUCUAGCUUGCUUCAUCACUGCCUGGGUGGUUGGCUUUGUGCUCAUCUUCCUGACGCCGGUGUUCGAGAAACUGCCCAUGUGCACCCUGGGUGCCAUCGUGGUCAGCAGCGUGACUGGACUUCUGGAGUACGAACAGGCCAUUUACCUGUUCAAGGUCAACAAGCUCGACUUCCUGGUGUGGAUGGCAUCCUUCCUGGGCGUGCUCUUCAUCUCCAUUGAGAUUGGCCUGGGCAUCGCCAUCGGCCUGGCGCUGCUGAUCGUGAUUUACGAGAGCGCCUUUCCGCACACCGCGCAGCUGGGUCGCAUCCCUGGGUCCUCCGUUUACCGCAACGUGAAGCAGUACCCCAACGCUCAGCUCUUCCCGGGCAUCCUGAUUUGCCGUAUCGACGCGCCCGUCUACUUUGCCAACAUCCAGUGGAUUAAGGACCGGCUGCGCGCGUAUGAGGAGCGGCAUCGGGAGUGGAGCUCCGACCGACACGGCGUGAAGCUAGAGUACGCCGUCCUGGACUUCUCCCCGGUAACUCAUCUGGACGCCACCGGCAUUCACGGUCUGGAGCAGCUCAUCGAGCAGUUUGCCAACAACGGAACUCAGCUGGUGAUCUGCAACCCCAGCGUCAAGGUUGUCAAGUCCAUGGAGACAGCGGGCCUGCCCGAUAUGCUGGGUCGCGACUACAUCUUCGUGACUGUGCACGACGCGGUUACGUUUUGCUCGAGGCAGCUGGCUGAGCGCGGCGUCUCAGCGCUGGCGGCCGAGGCGACGGACGUCUCAGCGUCGGACGACUGAGCACGCGGCGUGCUGGGCGUCUGUCGUCACAUCUGUCGUGCCGCGUGUAUGCGCGCGCGCGUGUGCGUCUGUGUGCUGCAUGGUCGUCGGGGUUGCAAGUUCCAGAUCCCGUAUCAGGCUUACAUCCUGGCUGUACGAGUCAUGGAGGAGGGGCUGACUGGUUAAGGAGUUACAUGGAUUGGCCAUCAGAGCCUCUUGCUGUCUCGAAACCAACGGCAGUCAGUUCGGGACAUCGUAGCGUGCUGGGGACCGUCGCGGCUUAUGAUUUAAAUCGGCCAGCUCGCUGCUUGUGCUUGGGCACGGUUUAUCAUGUCGGGGUGCAUGCGCAAUGUUGUGGUUUCGCACCGCAGGGCUCCGUGAAACCUUAAUAUGGAUGACGAGCUGACAGCAGCGAUGCAACAUGAGGAUGGGUUGCUGUUGUUGCUUUUGACUGCUUUUGCAUCCCGUGACCUGGUCAGUGUGGAUCUAUAUAUCUAGGGGGGUUAGCUAGGAGAAAUGUGUGAUGCUUACUUGUCAGGGCACACGAGCUGCGGUCUCUGGGAAUAAACCUGCGGCCGGAGAAGUGCAGCACGAAUUCAUGGGUGGAAUCAAGCGAUGGCGGUAGCUUGAAUGUUGAUCCACACACCACACGUACGUUCACACACUAAAGGAUUUUAACACCUCCUAAAGCCGAACUGUCGGACAGGGCUGCGGCUGUUUGCUGCGGCUGGUACUGAGAAUGGGCUCUACUUUGGUAGUGCCUGGUAUAGAAAGGCAUGCACAACAAGUACGGUGUUAUGGGCCGUGCUGAGGGAGGAUGCGCAGUGUUUUGUGAAGGGGGAAUCGCCGUGUACCCGUAAUGCGUCGGACUUAAACCAGCCGUUUGUGGUGGGUUUUAUGCUACCUCCGUCGGCAACAGGUCAUCAGGUGUCACGACAGAUUUCUACACAGAGCUGCAAUGGAGCCCAGGUGAAGCUCUGAAGUGCUGACGACCUGGGGCUAUUGGCAGGGGUAUCAAUUUAUGCUGUAGUACAGAUGUAUGUCGGGUUUUUAGGUGCCGCUAGCGAGUGUGGUGCUUUGUAGUUGCUGACCCUAGAUUUAACUAGGCAACGCGGCGGGCAGCUUUGUUGUUUUGUUUGUUCGUCUGUCACUGUGCGCGCACACGCAUACGGAUGUAUGGAUCUCCGAACCAAUCAACUUGUCGGAGCUAUUUUGGCUGAUGUCAUAGUGAACAGAUUUCCAUUCGUCACGCAUGUGUGUCCUCAUACAUGACGUUUGCGUGUACGCAACUACGCAUUGGGCACGUUAGCUCUCAAGGCGUCAUCGCCUGAGUGAUCUACACACGCCAUGCCUGAUCGGCGUCGCUCGGGGAUGUGAAUACGCAAGGCUGGGCGGGGCUUUGGCCACCGUCGGCUUCCUGAGUUUCCAGGUUGCUGAAGUUGGUUAGCCGUGCGUAUCCGUGCGUGGGGCGUUAAUUAGCGUUCUUCCCAGCGUGGCUAUGAAUUCGGGUGUGUGGUGUUUUGCUUGAUGCUAUUUGUAUUUGUCUGGUUACCUUGUGGCUUAAUAAGCUCGAAUGCCAUGAUAUGGAUGGCUGUGACCGGGACCUGUUUUGUUGGUGAUGUUUUUCAGUAUUGAGGAGCGGUGAAGUAGUAUUAAACCUUUGCGCACAUCGUAGCCAUGGCCGUGACGUGUGCACGGUAUGGAUGCAACAGAGCCGAGUUGAGGCGUGCCUCGACAAUUUGUGGGAUCAUACUAUGUAAAGUAUGCAUGUGUUGCAUAGGUUGAGAAGAAACAGCAGCUGAAAUGCUGUGGUGACUUGUAACGCAUGCAAGUC